CCCUUGAAUAAAAGGCCAGGGCACCUUGGUCCUUCUUCCUCCUCUCCAGCCUGGAUCAUGUUCUGGCUCCCCCCACUUCUAGUGCUCCUGGGAGCGCUGGCAGUCCCAGAAGGGACCACCAAGACGUGUCCAGUCUGCCCUUUGCUGGGAAACUGCAUAGAGAAAACCUGUCCUCCGGCCCAGGACUCCUGCUUGCUUAGCCAGUUGCAGCUGGCAAAUGGGACUGUCAUCAAGAAUGGGUCCUGCGUGGCCCCUGGGGACUGUCGAAAAGAUGUCUACUCCUUGACCUACGGUCCUGGCUUGAGUCUCUGGAUCCGCACAGCCUGUUGUGAAGAGAACUGUAGCAGUGUUACCCCACAAGAAGCAAGACCCAGCGCCCAGCCCAACGGGGUGCAGUGCCGCUACUGCCCCAGGAAUAAGUUGGCCCAGGGUGACUCCCUUUCGGUCAUGAACUGCACUGGAAACCAGACUGUGUGUUUCACCCUCAGUGGGACAUGGCAUGGAGGGACCCUCCAAACCCUGAAAGGCUGUGCUACACCAGAGAUCUGCCACCUACAAGCGAACACCACCCUGGGCCCGGAAGCGUCUGGAUUUCGUCUCAUCACCAAGCCCAAAUGCAGCCGUGUGACUCCUACCACCCAGCCAGGUCCCUACACAGCCCACAGCAAGGCUAAGGUCACCACGUGCUUCACCUGCUCAGACCUCCACCAUUGCAGCCCUCUCCCCUGCACUGAAGAUAGGAACCACUGCCUUCAGACGGUGGGCAUCACAGUCCUAGGCGCAACUAACUCUGUCGCUUGGAGAAAUGGUUCCUGUGUGGCCUCCAAGGAUUGCACACCUGCCAACUCCAUCUCUGCCUUGACCUACAGUAUUGGUUUCGGCUUCUGGGUCAACACCACCUGUUGUCAAGGCAACUGCCAAGAGCCCAGUCCUCUUGCCGCCCUGCCAGGCUCAAGCACCCUGAGUAAGUUCCUGUGCCCUACAUGUCCUGGGGGCCACUCGGGGCCCUGCAGCCCCUCCUUCUACAUGCAGUGUCCCAGCAGGGAGAGCGAGUGUAUCCACAUAAACCUGGUGUCCGAAGUAGGCGGCCGGAACCUGAGCGUGCGCGGCUGCGGCACCCGCGACCUGUGCCAGGAAGAGGGUUUCCCGGCACUCCCGGGCCACCGGCUGGCCGGCCCGCCCGUCUGCAACGCCAGGCAACGCGCCAUCCUGGACCCCAAGUGCCACUCGGGCGCGGCGCUUGGCCUCCGCCUCGCCCUGCCGGUGCUGACCGUCGCGCUGGGCACCGCGACCCUCUCCUGAGCCAGCCCGCCUGCACCCCCGACCCCCUCCUCGAAGCCUCCCUGCUUGUUCUGCCAGAUGGUGCCCCUCUACUAGGGCAUUUCUAGGGGUUUGGAAGCUUCCGGUGAGAAAGUGCAAAAAAGCAGGGGUGAGCCUCCUCCCUCAGACUAAGAGAUUCCCCAAAGCUAGUCCUCUUUCUUCACUCUGGGACCCCAGAGGCUGUGCUUCUUCCCUCGGACUAGGGCUUCCUCAAGUCUGGUCCUCUUUCCUCACCAUGGGCCUCAAAGGCUAUGCCUCCUUUCUCAGAGUAGGCUGUUUUUCCUCCUCGGAUGAGAGAUGCUUCCAUGGUUACACAUUCUCCUUCCUACUGGGGGGCCCAAAGACUAAAUAAACAUCCUUCCUCAAACUAGGAGGUUCCCAAUACCAGGCUAUUCCCUCAGACUGUAUCUCUUCUCACAAACAUUAGAGAACAGCUCCUCCUUCUCUUUCCCUCUUCAGGGUCUAGUAAAGUCCUGGCAGCCAACCUGGGGCUUGAGGACAAAAUACACCCCCUCCUCAGGCUUUCAGAGCAGCACAUUCCACCCCCACUAUGGGCCCUCUUCAGUCUCAGCACAGUCUCUCAGCUGUGCUGUUGUUCAGUUGCUAAGUUGUGUCCAAUUCUUUGCAACUCCAUGGACUUCAGCACGCCAGGCUCCCUUGUCCACCAUCUCCCAGAGUUUGCUUAAAUCCCUUCCAAUAAACAUUCAGAGUUGAUUUCCUUUAGGACUGACUGGUUUGAUCCUAGCUGUCACCAAAACUGAAUGAAUCGCAUUGCACAGUGCCUAGUGGUUUGAACCUCCUUUUGCUGACACUGCAGCCUCAAGUGGGCCCCCCGAUGUCUCUAUACCCUGGGGAUUCCGAUGGCAAGGUCUGGGAGCCUUGAGAUCAUAUGCUCAAUGUGGAGUGAGCAUCAUUUUAGAGCAAGCUUUGGAUCCAAAGGACGGAGCAGAGAGGUAUAAUAAAAUCGAGGAGCUCACCGCAGGCAGAAUGCCAGGAACAUUUGCUUGCAGCUGAAAGUAAUAGAAAGUCCAACGAGAAGAACUGAAAUGAUUCAUUUAACAAAAAUGUAUUGAUCACAAUACUAUAUACAUCAAGCACAAUUGUAGACACGGGGGACACUGAGUAAACAAAAUCUCUUGCUCUCAGGAAGUUUACGUUUUUAUGGGAGAGGAAGAUAAUAAACCUCUCAUUUGGGUUUCCCUGGUGGCUCAGAUGGUAAAGAAUCCACCUGCAAGACAGGAGACCCGGAUUCGAUCCCUGGGUCGGGAAGAUCGCCUGGAGAAGAAAAUCUCAACCCACUCCAGUAUUCUUGCCUGAAAAAUCCCAUGGACAGAGGAUCCUGGUGGUCUACAGUCCAUGGGGUCGCAAAGACCAAGUGACUAACACUUCACUUCAUGAUAUUCCAGACCGUAAUGAGUAAUCUGGAGAACACAGUUUGGAAAAAGAAGUGGGGAUGCUGCCAAAGGGGUGCACUUUCUAAAAAAUUGCAUUUAUAUUUUAUAUUUAUUAUUGAUUUGGCCAUGCAGGGUCUUAGUGGCGGCGCACAGGAUCUUCAGUCUUCCUUGGAGCACACAGGUUCUUUUCGUUGCAGCAUAUUAACUCAUAGUUGCAGCAUUUGGGAUCUAGUUCCCUGACUAGGGAACCCAGGUCCCCUGCAAUGGGAGCUCGGAAUCUUAGCCACUGAACCACCAGGGAAGUUCUGGGGUGCACUUUUAUGCAGGGAGGAUUUAGAGCAUCAUCUGAAUAAAGACCUGAAAGGGGCUGACAGAGAGGGCCAUGCAGAGGUCUGGAGAGCGAGUGGGAGGCAUUCCAGGUAGAAAGAAUGGCAAACAAAGGUGCUAGAGUAGGAGCAGUUGUGGUUCAGUUGCCAAGUUGUGUCCGACUCUGCGACCCCAUGGACUGCAGCACGCCAGGCCCCCCUGUCCCUCACCAUCUCCCAGAGUGUGCCCAAGUUCAUG